CAAAAAAAGUGAAUAGGUCAUGGCACGCUUAACAAAAAGACGACAAGCGGAUACAAAAGCUAUCCAGCAUCUUUGGGCAGCUAUUGAGAUCAUUCGAAACCAGAAGCAAAUUGCUAACAUUGACCGCAUUACAAAAUUUCUUCACAAAGUCUUACUUCAUUCCUCAUAACAGCAUGGAGUUGACCCAGUGGACUCUCAAAGUCUACACCUGCGAAGAGUAAGAUUUGGUAGAUUAAGUAUGUUGGAAAGUACAUUCUUGGCACAUAGCAGACAUGUCCACUUUGUAAGAACCAUCCUCGCUAGAUGUUUAAGUAUAUGUCUCGAGUCCAUGGUAUGCAUCCAAAAGAGACAACACGUCAGCUGAGCUUAGCAGUGAAAGAUGGGCUUAUUGUUGAGACCCUAACUGUAGGCUGCAAGGGUUCAAAAGCUGGUAUUGAACAAGAAGGCUAUUGGUUACCAGGAGAUGAGAUUGACUGGGAAACAGAAAAUCAUGACUGGUAUUGUUUUGAAUGCCAUUUGCCUGGAGAGGUAUUGAUAUGUGACCUGUGUUUUCGUGUUUAUCAUUCCAAGUGUUUAUCUGAUGAGUUCAGGCUUAGAGACAGCAGUAGCCACUGGCAAUGUCCAGUUUGCAGGAGUAUUAAGAAAAAAAAUACAAGCAAGCAGGAGAUGAGCACAUACCUGAGAUUCAUUGUCUCCCGUAUGAAGGAGCGGGCUAUAGAUCUAAACAAAAAGGGAAAGGACAAUAAGCACCCAAUGUACAGAAGAUUGGUACAUUCAGCUGUUGAUGUUCCUACAAUACAAGAGAAAGUGAAUGAAGGGAAGUACAGAAGUUAUGAAGAAUUUAAAGCUGAUGCUCAACUUCUUCUCCACAACACAGUGAUUUUCUAUGGAGCGGACAGUGAACAAGCUGACAUAGCCAGAAUGCUCUAUAAGGAUACAUGUCAUGAGCUGGAUGAACUGCAGCUUUGCAAGAAUUGCUUCUAUUUGUCAAAUGCACGUCCUGACAACUGGUUCUGCUAUCCUUGUAUACCUAAUCAUGAGCUGGUUUGGGCCAAAAUGAAAGGUUUUGGGUUUUGGCCAGCCAAAGUUAUGCAGAAAGAGGACAAUCAAGUUGAUGUUCGUUUCUUUGGUCACCAUCACCAAAGGGCCUGGAUUCCUUCUGAAAAUAUACAAGAUAUCACAGUUAAUAUUCAUCGGUUGCAUGUGAAACGCAGUAUGGGCUGGAAAAAAGCAUGUGAUGAGCUGGAACUACAUCAACGCUUCCUUCGUGAAGGAAGAUUUUGGAAGUCUAAGAACGAGGACCGAGGUGAAGAAGAGGCAGAAUCCAGCAUCUCCUCUACCAGUAAUGAACAGCUGAAGGUCACUCAGGAACCAAGAGCAAAGAAAGGGCGACGUAAUCAAAGUGUGGAACCCAAAAAAGAAGAACCAGAGCCUGAAACAGAAGCUGUAAGUUCCAGCCAGGAAAUUCCCACAAUGCCUCAGCCAAUAGAAAAGGUUUCAGUCUCAACUCAGACCAAGAAGUUAAGUGCCUCUUCUCCAAGAAUGCUGCAUCGGAGCACACAGACCACUAAUGACGGAGUGUGUCAAAACAUGUGCCAUGACAAGUACACCAAAAUCUUUAAUGAUUUCAAAGACCGAAUGAAAUCUGAGCACAAACGAGAGACUGAAAGAGUUGUGCGAGAAGCACUGGAGAAGCUGCGUACUGAAAUGGAGGAAGAAAAACGGCAAGCUGUAAAUAAAGCUGUGGCCAAUAUGCAGAGUGAGAUGGACAGAAAAUGUAAACAGGUAAAGGAAAAGUGUAAAGAAGAAUUUGUAGAAGAGAUUAAGAAGCUAGCAACACAGCACAAGCAACUGAUUUCCCAGACCAAGAAGAAGCAAUGGUGCUACAACUGUGAAGAGGAAGCCAUGUACCAUUGCUGUUGGAAUACAUCCUAUUGCUCGAUCAAGUGUCAGCAGGAACACUGGCAUGCUGAACAUAAACGCACCUGUCGCCGAAAAAGAUGAAAGCUGUAUUCCUCCUCCUCCAGAGCGAGCGAGCGAGCAAGAGAAUCACCCCGAUGAUUGCUAUUCUCAGACAAAGCGGUUUUUGUUUCCAAGAAGCCAAAAUUGUUUAGAAUUUGCUUCCCAUUUUGCACCAGCCUUUAAACACUUUUCGUGAAGAAAUUUUGCACAGUAGUUUAAAUCUUCUGUUCAUGCUCCUCCAGAUUUUGUCAGUAAGUAAGAUUAACAUCAGUGGAGGGUAUUUUAAGGGUUAUUUUAAAUGAAUUUUAAUUGAGGAUUUGUUGCAUUUUCAGCAAAUUUUAAAACAUUUUUAGGUUUUACAGAGAUUUUAACCUUUAAACAACAGAUCUUUAAAAAAAACAACAGGUGAAUAUAAGUGAGUUUAACAAAGAAACAUUUAAAAUAGAUCUGAAUGUAAGAAAUAUAGAACUGUUUCAAAAAUAAAACAUACUACCUUGAUGUAACAUUUAUUUCUUAACCUUGUUGAGCUGGUUUUGUUCAGCUUAAUUUACUGUUUAAAGGCAUUAUCUAUUGGUUAUGCCAGUGGGUAUAUGAUUGAAUUUAGGGAACAGGGUUGACACAGCAGGUGCUAGUCCUGCAUAUUUUUUCUUAAAUAUUUCCCAAUUGUGUUUUUCAUUAUUUCUUUUCAAUAUAUAACUUUUAUAACAAAUUAUUAGCUUUGAUCUUGUAGUUUAAAAUUGCAGGGAACUGGGGUAAUCUUUUACUGAGCUGGAUCUUAGAGAAAAUGAAUAUUUAAAUUUUAAAGUUUGCACAUUUCAUUCUUGUCCUAACACGAGUGCUUGUAACAAAACAAGGAAAAGCCAAAAACUACCUUUAUUCAUACAUGAAAUUUUAGAUGAGGCAUACAAAUUUCUUUAAUGCUUCCCUUCCCUCCCCAAAUAUCAUCUGACUGCCUAUUAUCUGGUGUCACCUAGUCCAUUGUAAGUUAAUACUCAAAGGAAAGAAAGCACUUAAGUGUCACAGAAGCCGUUAUGUUUGUAGUAAUGGGUCAUUGCCUGUUAAUGAGCUCCAUCACUGUACACAGAAUGAAGAAUAAUGCAUGUUAAUUUUCUUGUAUUAAAGAUGCCGUGAUUUGUAAAAAGUCUGUAUUUUGAGGAAUGUCUGGAUUAAGAAGCAUUACCAAUAGGAAUGGAUCGAUAGUUGAAUAAUGAGGUUUUUUUUAUACAUAGAUAUAUAAAUGACAUCCAGUAAAACUUAAAUUUCUUUUCUUUCAAAAUGUCUCAUAAUUUGUUUUUUCAAAGGCUGAUUGAUCUUAGACCAAGUCAAAUUCCCUUUAUCAUCUAGCUAUUUUUUGAGAAGUUAGAGGAAUAAUUUGUAAAUAUUUAUUUAGAUCUUUGAUAUUUAUUAAAAGCAAUUACACACAAUGGAAGUGAAAGAAGAAGGAGAAAAGCCUUUUAAAAAGUUUUCUCUGGGUUUUGUCAGGGUCACUCUAAAUAUAAAAACCUAACUAAACCUUCUGUGAAAAAAACAUUCAAACCUAAUGUUGUUGCAGAUGGUGGUGACACAAGUUAAUUGACCAACGACUGCCAAAUAAUGCACAAUAUUUUGCAGAAACUACAUAGCAGCCCCAUUCAAAACAACAUACUAAAUUACGCAGUUACUUGCAUUAUUUCUCGUUUCUGUGUAAUUAAUCCAUGUUGCCACUGUGCUGUGGCAAUGGUGAGGUCCAUCAUAGCUGAAGAAAAUUAAUCUUGUUCAGUUAUUUUACAAAUUCCCAAACUUCGAUCCACCCCUAUGAAAGCAAGUUAUUGUGGAAAUAUUUUUGGUGUAAAAUCAUUCCAGAGUAUGUACUAUUUAACUGAUAGCUGCAUGAAAGUAAGAUUCGUGUUACUUUGGCUUUUUCGUCUCUGUUGACACGGUUGCACAUUUCCAAGUUACUACAGCGUGAAAACUGUGUGUUUAAAAAAAAAAAACAAAAAACAAAAAAAGACAUUGUGGCCUGGUUUUGUAUAAGUUUUAGGUAAAAUUACAAUUGAUUGUUUUAGGAAUCAUUAUUAAAAAUUAAUUUUCUGCAAAUCAUAAAGCUAUAUUACGGUGUUGAGCUUAGCCACUAUGCACAUUGUAAUUAUUCAUUGUGGCUGUCCAGUUCUAUGAUGCAUUCUGGCAUUUUGUAAGCUGCUCUGACUAGCAAUAUAUAGAGUCAUUUAAUGUGUUAACAUUGGUUAAUAAAUGUAUUUAAAAAAAUCACUGGCUUAAUAAAGUGUCAAUCUAGUCCAGUCCCCUGCAUCUAAAUACAACUGCAGCUGAAUGUUGAUUCUGUAUUAUGGGUCAUUCAUUGGCAACCAUUUUCUUUAUAAAAGAGUAAUUUUAUUAAAGUAAUAAUUCUCCUACAAACAAUAUUUAUUUAAUUUGAAAUUUCAUUCAUGAUUUUUUAAAGUUGUGUUUUGUACCAUGGUUAACAAGAGAGGUAUGAUAUCCAUUUAAGGAACCUGAUAAAUUUAAUGCAUCGCCAUAUUUGGAUUUUUCCAGCUUUUUCAGGAAAACUGUAUUUGGUCAAUAAAACUGUCUAUAAUCUAAGAAA